GAUCAAAUUCAGUUAUUCCGGAACUUCUAACGCGUGCGGUUUGGACACAUAUUUCGAACAUUACCGAUUAAACUCUAUGAGUGUGCGUGUGUUUGUGUGUGCUUGUAUGUGAUCUAGUGGAACAGGAAGUGAUGCUGCAGUGAUAUCUAUCUUCUUCUGCAAGGAUAAUAGGAAGAAGAUCAUCGCCCUCAGUCCGUUAGAAGAAGGAACCCCGAAACCAUGUGCUAAGUGUCGUACCGGUGCUUUAUAUACGCCUACCGUCAGGAGUCAUGAAGUUUCGUAUUAAGCACGCGGUUCUGCCGUUGGCAUUGAUAGCUGUGAUACUAAUCGACCAUAUUCGGUGCGAUGACGAGACGCCGGAAGUGAUCAAACCGGCGAAAAGAAAAACCAAGAAAAGUGGCAAAUCGAAAACGAAGCUCCUAGCCGUGAAAAGCGCUGCAAAACCCAGGGAAAGACCUCAGGCCGAUGCACCGCCAGCUUACUCGGAAUACGAUCAGUACGACUAUAACUAUGGAGAAAACGAUCGGGACUAUGACGGAGAAAAUGGUAAUAACCCGACGACCGAAUCAGCCUUUCAACAGCCGGAUGAUGAGAUCCCAAAAGUGCCAGCGCCUACUAUCACCGUCAGCGUGAGACCACCGGAGCCCGAGUCGAUCGUACAACCUUUCACAUGUUUCCACGAAGGAACGUGGUACCGGGAAAAGGAUCAGUUUCAAACAGGCUACCAUGAUUGUGCAACAUGUCAAUGUCGUAACAGCAAGGUCGUCUGCGAUGAAGCUGAUUGUCCGAAACAUCGUACGAACAUAACUGUGGAAAUCAUUCCUCCUAGUACCACCACUACAACCACUACGACGACAACCACGGAAAAGCCUGAAUUCGAUGCAGCACUGCUAGGGCAUCGUAUACCAGAGGGACCAGCUGGUGCACCAGGAAUUCCCGGCGAAGCUGGACUCCCUGGAACUCCUGGCUCACCCGGUGUUCCUGGACUUCCCGGUCCUCCCGGAAUGGCACCAGAUUUAACGUUUUACACGCAACAGUUGCAAGAUUCCGUUGCUGGAUCUGACAAAGGACCUUCGCCAGACAAUUUUCAAUACAUGCAUGCUCAAGUUGGACCGGUGGGACCUAGAGGACCCCCUGGGCCAUCAGGUAUUUCUGGACCACAAGGUUUUCAGGGAACGAGAGGCGAGCCUGGUGAACCUGGGCCACCAGGAUCCACAGGACCAGGUGGACCAAGAGGAUUACCAGGGCCUCCUGGAAAAGAUGGUGCUCCCGGAGAUGACGGUGAUGCGGGUCCGCAUGGUCCUAUUGGACAACCCGGUCCACGUGGAUUACCGGGAUUACCUGGAGUACCAGGUAUGAAAGGCCACCACGGUCUGCCAGGUAUGGAUGGACCAAAGGGAGAACAAGGUGUUCCCGGAGAAAAAGGAUCCGUAGGUGCAAUUGGACCGCUAGGUGCUCCUGGACCGAUUGGACCAGCCGGCCCUCGUGGAGAACGAGGUCGAGAAGGUUCACCAGGACCUCCUGGACUACGUGGUAUUGAUGGAAUCGCUGGUUCUCCAGGCCAACCUGGCCCUGUCGGUAAACCGGGUCCACCCGGUUUUCCUGGUACCCCUGGUAAUAAGGGUGAUAUAGGAGCGCAGGGACCUAAAGGUAGUCAAGGUCCACAAGGUCCUCGAGGUGAAUCCGGAAGACCAGGACAACCUGGUGAACCUGGCUUAAAUGGACCACCUGGAAAAGAUGGAGCUACAGGUGAAAAGGGUUCUGUUGGAUCUCCUGGUAUGGCAGGACCUCCCGGCUUCCCAGGACCACGAGGAGCACCUGGUGCUAAUGGAAGUCCUGGAGAUUCGGGACCCAAGGGAGAACCUGGCCUAACUGGAGAACGGGGUUACAAGGGAGAAUCUGGUAUCAAAGGAGAAUCGGGAGUACCUGGUCCUCGGGGUUUACCAGGAGCUAUCGGUCCAGAAGGAAAACGAGGAAAGCGAGGAAUGAAGGGACCCACUGGAUUGCCUGGCCCUCAGGGAGAACGUGGUCUACCUGGUAUACCGGGAUUACCUGGACCGGAUGGAGCCCAAGGCAUUAAAGGACAAGGUGGAGAUCGAGGAGCGCCAGGGCCACAAGGAACCAAAGGUUCAUCUGGUGAUCCAGGACCCCCGGGACAACCAGGUAUUCAGGGAUUGCGAGGCAUUCCAGGACGACCAGGAGCUCAAGGCAAAGCUGGUGCUCCCGGAGAAAGAGGUCCACAGGGAUCUGAUGGAAAAGUCGGAGAGCCGGGACAACAAGGACUUCAAGGAUUGCCUGGUCCAAUCGGCUUGAUAGGAGACAAAGGAUUUCCGGGAGAACCUGGAAAAGAUGGUGAAAUCGGACCUCCAGGAGCAACUGGACCACGAGGUGACGCGGGUAAAGAUGGCCCACCAGGAAUUUCAGGUCCUCCAGGACCACCCGGGAAUGAUGGAGAUCGUGGCCCACCAGGGCCGGCAGGUCCACGCGGUUUUCAGGGUCUACCAGGAACCCCGGGAAAUCCGGGUGCACCCGGCAAAGACGGACAAAGUGGUCAGCCAGGACCAACGGGUCCUUCUGGUCAACCGGGAAUAAGAGGAGAACGAGGUUUCCCAGGAGAACGAGGUCCAAUUGGAACACCAGGCGCUGCAGGCUUGAGGGGGGAGACAGGUGCCCAAGGAAACGAUGGUCCACCAGGAUCACCAGGACCAUCAGGAAUGAAGGGUCACCAGGGUGCGCCAGGCAUUAUCGGUAUGCCAGGAUUGAGAGGUCUUCCUGGUCCAUCGGGUGAAAAAGGAGAAAGAGGUAUGAUAGGACCAACAGGUCCAGAAGGUCCUGCUGGAAGAACCGGAGAAAGAGGUUUGCAAGGUCCGAUGGGUCCUACGGGACCACCUGGAGAACCAGCUGAAAAGGGCGAACCCGGAACGCCAGGAAUCCCCGGCGAACCGGGCGCCCCGGGCUCCGUCGGUGAGCGUGGAGCGGUGGGACCACAAGGAUUGCAAGGGUUCCCUGGUCCGCAGGGCCCCGUCGGCUUGCCUGGAACCAAAGGCGAUCGAGGUGCUAUGGGAUUGAAAGGAGAGCAAGGAAAUAGUGGAAACCCUGGUAUGCCGGGAGAACCCGGACCACAGGGAUUGAUCGGCUUGACUGGCAGUAAAGGAACACGAGGAGAACCUGGUUUGCGUGGUGAGACAGGCUCAAUGGGAGCCCCAGGUAGGCCCGGUGAUCCAGGCGUGGCGGGACAACCGGGUAAUCCAGGACAACCUGGACCAGCGGGUACAUCUGGUCUAAAAGGUAACCCUGGAGAUGCUGGUAGACCUGGAAAUCCAGGACCUCAAGGUUUGCCUGGACAACAAGGCCCGGAAGGAAUCAAGGGUUCCGCUGGAAGUGAUGGUCCGCAGGGUCCUCCUGGAAAUCAGGGACCACAGGGAGCUCCAGGCGAUCGCGGUUUACCGGGACUACCUGGACCAAGUGGGCAACAAGGCGCAAGAGGUCUCCGUGGAGCGGCUGGAGAACCGGGACAACCUGGUAAACCUGGGCAUGAUGGACCACAGGGUACUCCGGGAGUCGCUGGACCGCCUGGCCCACCUGGUAAUACAGGUGAUCAAGGUGUAGAAGGGCCACCUGGCAAACAGGGCCCUCCUGGUAUUGCAGGCCGACCUGGUGAUAAGGGACCUAUUGGUACUCCUGGCACUCAAGGAUUACCUGGGGCUCCAGGGUUGCCUGGACCACAGGGACCCCAAGGACAGAUUGGUCAGACCGGUGAACGUGGAUUACGGGGAGAAACUGGACCACAGGGAAUUGAAGGACCACCUGGACCUAGAGGUAAAUUAGGUCCUCCAGGCUUGGAAGGAGCGAAGGGUGAUGCCGGUGAGCCUGGACAGAAGGGUCUUAAGGGUCAUCGGGGCCUGAUUGGUUUACAAGGACUCCCGGGACCAGCUGGGUCCCCCGGAGAUAAGGGAGAAACUGGAAUGGCAGGUCCACCCGGAAAACCUGGAGAAAUCGGACCACGGGGACCUGCAGGACGAGAUGGAUCGCCAGGACCACAAGGAUUGAUCGGUUCUGUUGGACCUCGUGGGCCACCUGGAAACGAUGGCAAGCAUGGAGUAUCUGGACUACCAGGUCCUCCAGGUCCACCCGGUCCUCCUGGCGAUGGCAUCGGCUACGACGCUGCCGCUUUGGCCGCACUUCUCGGCCACGGACAAGUUAGCAAUACCAAGGGACCAGAUCCAAAUAUGGGAGACGAGCCGAUGAAAUUCAACAAUGUAUUCGAUUUGACCGACGAAGAACGUAAAAAAUUAGUAGAAGCAGCCUACGAACGAUUGAAGGCUGCGUUUGGUACCUUCAAAAAACCUGACGGUAAACAAGCGUCCCCAGCAAAGACAUGCAGGGAUUUAUUCGCCGCACACCCAGACUACACGUCAGGACACUACUGGAUAGACCCUAAUGAGGGUGAUGUUCGGGAUGCAAUUUUAGUUUACUGUGAUGCGGAAAAGAAGGGUUCAUGCAUUCUACCACAACCGUUACGAACCAAGGAACUACAUUAUGUUGGCGACGAACAAGAAGUGUGGCUCGGAGAAAUGGAAACGGGUAUGAAGAUCACUUACAAGGCUGAUAGUAAUCAAGUUGGUUUCUUGCAACUGCUAUCAGCAUCUGCAACACAAAACGUAACCUAUCACUGUAGGAAUAGUGUGGCUUACUACAACAAAGAGAGCAACGGCUACCGUCAAAGUUUAAAACUGCUGGCGUGGAACGACGCCGAGCUUACUGCAAAGGGUCCGCAGAAGCUGCGCUACGAAGCGGUACUGGAUGACUGCCAGCAUCGAACACCCGACUAUGCUCAAACGAUACUCGCUUACAAGACCGACAAGCCGAUGAGGCUACCAAUCGUCGAUAUAGCCUUGCGCGAUGUUGGUGAUCUGAAUCAGAAGUUCUGGAUCGAAAUCGGUGCGGUGUGUUUCUAUUAGAUCAAUUAGAGAAAAUCGAGUCGAUACACAAUUUGCAAAUCAGGUAGCAGUAAUGAUCAUCACUGCCACAUUAAACAACAACUAAUAAAGUGAUAUUUAAAGACAUCUUGCAACAAGAUUUUACAACUAAGGCUAGUGUAGGUUCCCCAUUUUGUAGAUUAUAUUGAAAGUGUGUGUACAAUAAA